CAGUUGUGGCAUUAAUUGGUCCGGCUUUGUCCCACGUGACGCCACACAACAGGAGUAAUGUGCGGUGAGGUCAUGGCUGACUCCUUUGGAGUUUUUUUUUACAUGUUACAGUUUUUGCCGAUUGCUAACACAUAUUUACGCUGUGUCAAAACGCAAGAUACAAUAUAUGUUGGAAAAAGCCUCACAUGUUUGUCAAAAUGAAACUACAAACAAAACCUAACAAUACCUUUGCCGCCUCUCCAUUUGUGUGUAUGUGAUGAAGAUGCUCGCAUCUUCAUCCGCGAUGGAGUGCCACGGCCAUCUUGUUUACAUGUGUACCACAGCUAAAGAAGAUGUGACGUAAUUGUUAAGUAAAUAAGCAAUGGCCCACCUCCCUUUUGUGAGAAUGGUCUGAUGGUUGUAACUACGGUACCUAAAAGAUUACAAAACGCCUCCUCAACUUGGAGGCCAAUCGCAGGCAGUCUUCAUCCUGUGAGUCAUCCUUAUAAGGUGGAUGACCUGUUACUCUUCUCAACAUUGACUGCUCACAGAAACUUCUAUCAACACCACCAUGAAGGCUUGAAUAGGCUUGCUAAUAUGACAGCAACUCUUGGUGGAGCAAUUCAUGAGAUUCAUGGAGAGUGGACUUAUAAAAGAUGUCAUGUUAAUCCAACACCUCAGUGUGUGUAUUGGGGAGGUAAAAGCUACCUGUACAUCGAUGUGAUCUUCAUUAUUUGCUUUGACACAGUCUACUAGUCUUUUUCAUCUGGGAUUUAUUUCAUGGAUGCUGAAUUCAAUGGAACAUAUAUAACUCUCGGUGGCUAUAUAGCAGUGGACAAAUACAGAUAUCUUUACUUUGUCAUCUUGAUGACACUCUAUAUUCUUAUCCUGUGCACUAAUUGCACCAUUAUAUGUCUAAUCUGGAUUCACAGGAACCUUCAUGAGCCUAUGUACAUUUUCAUUGCAGCUUUGUCACUCAACUCUGUUUUGUUUAGCACUGCUAUCUACCCCAAACUUUUCAUUAAUGUCUUAUCUCAAAAACAGACCAUUUCUCAUUCAGCUUGUAUGUUUCAGUAUUUUAUAUUUUAUUCUUUAGGCACGUCAGAUAUCUUACUGCUGUCAGCCAUGGCUUAUGACAGGUAUGUGUCUAUCUGCAAACCUCUGCAAUAUCCAACUAUCAUGGCAAAUAUAACUGUCACUGUCCUCUUGACUGUGGCCUGGUUUCUACCUGCACUCGAGGUUGCAGUAGCAAUUGUAAUUCAUUCUAAACAAAAACUCUGUGACUUUACAACAGACGGAAUUGUUUGCAAUAGUAAAAUUUUUAGGCUUUAUUGUGUAAAAUCAACAUUUCUUAAUGUUUAUGGUUUGUUUGCCAUGCUAAAUAUUAUUGUUGUUCCUAUGAUUUUCAUCCUUCUCACUUACAUAAAGAUAUUUAUAAUAACUUAUCACAGUCGUGUAGAAGUCAGAAAAAAAGCAGCAGAGACAUGUUUACCUCACCUGAUGGUUUUAAUGUGCUGUUUUUUUUGGUGUGUAUUUGAUGUCAUUUCAGCGCGACUAGAAUCAGAUCUUCCAAAAAGUGUACAUUUAAUAAUGAGUUUACAAAUAGUUGUGUAUGGUCCUCUGUUCAAUCCAAUCAUAUACGGAGUAAAAAUGAAAGAAAUCUCGAAACAUAUCAAGAGAUUGUUGUGUCAUCUUGUGACCAAAAGCAUAUGACCACACUUGUUAGCAUCGAAGUCUUUAUUUCUCCAUGUAAUUGUUAGAAAAAGUAAUUUACAUUAGCAUAUGGAAUUCACAAGGUAUAUAUGGAAGAGAAAGCUAAGAACCACACUA